AAUCAGAUUGCAAAAUCGAACAUUCACAAAAAUCUGUUUAUGUCUAACGCUGCUAUCGAAAACAUUCAGUCUGUUAUUAUUAUUUUUAAGAUAACUCCAAGUAGUUUGUUUUUGUUUCCUUCUCAUUAAUGAAUUCAAAAGCUUAUAAAUCGAUCUAUAAUACAUCCUUGUGAGGAAUAUUUAACCAAGUUAACAGAUCAAUAUAAAAGUAGAAUUUCUCCUCCUCUUACCUAAAUAUUGUUUGAUUGAAUAUCCAUAUGGUGGCAAAUAUGAAAAUUGGUGAUGCACAAAAAUACUGGUUUACUUUUCUUGUCAUCUACAUGUUAUUCCUCAUGGUGAAUGCAUAUGACGAAACCUACGUUCAAGAACUUGACACGGAAAAUGGGUAUUGUGACACAGAGGAAUUUGGUCAGAUUCCUGUCUAUGGGGAAGAAUAUGAUGACAAUUCUUGUAGGGUAGCCAGGUGUGGACCUGGUCGUCUCCUAGUAGAUAGUUGCGUUAAAGUCGCAGUUAGAGGAAGUAAAUGCAGAAUAGUAAAAGGAGAGGGCCAUUAUCCUCAUUGCUGCCCUAGACCAGAAUGUUCAUAAUGAAAAUUAUUUUCGAGGAUGGAAUGUACAAAUUCUUCUGUUAGCUGUCUUUCGUUAUUUUUAUUCUAAGACUACGGAAUAAAAAUUAGAAAGAAGUGGU